GGUAUUGCCCCCCGCCCGGUAUUGCCCCUGCCCUGCCCGUCGUUUCCGGGCUCAGGGCAGCUCCGGUAACCCCAGAGCAGUUUCGGGGUUACCGGGGGCGGUGUCCCCGGGGGCGGUGUCGGUGUCCCCGGGGGCGGUGUCGGUGCCGUGUCGGUGUCCCCGGGGGCGGUGUCGCGGCUGUCGCCGUGUCCCCGGGGGUGAUGCGGGCGCUGAGGGCGCUGCGGCCCCGCAGGCUCCUGGCGAUGGCGGCGGCGGCGGCGGCGGCGGCGGUCGGGGCCGGGGGGGUGCGGCGGACCCCGGUGCUGACCCCCGACUCCAUGAACCCCGCCAUCCGCCGCGUGGAGUACGCGGUGCGCGGCCCCAUCGUGGUCCGCGCCCUGGAGCUGGAGCAGGACCUGCGCAAGGGUGUCCCCAAGCCCUUCACCGAGGUGAUCAAGGCCAACAUCGGUGACGCGCACGCCAUGGGCCAGCAGCCCAUCACCUUCCUGCGCCAGGUGACAGCGCUGUGCCUGUGCCCGGAGCUGAUGAAGGACGAGUCCCUGCCCAGCGACGCCAAGGAGCGCGCGCAGCGCCUGCUGGGGGCCUGCGGCGGCCAGAGCGCGGGUGGGUGGCACAGCCCGAAACCCCGAAAUCCCACAAACCCCAAAAUCCCUGCAGCGGCCAGAGCGUGG